AUGACAUAUAGGCUGGAAGGCAUUGGUGAAUGUAUCUUGGCUGACGAUGAUGACAUGAUGUCGAUGUUUGAAAUGUUAUCAGAUCUCUCGUUGGAUUGUAUUGAUGUUAACAUUGAUGGAAAACCAGUGGGGUUGCCUGGACCGAAUGUAUUAUCUGCAGAGGUGGGUGGCUUCCUAUUGGUGUUGUAUGAUGAAUGUGUGGUUGUUAAUGAACGCAAUGUAGAGGGAGUGGCGGAUAAGGUGAAAGGCAGAAGAUUGUUGAGUGCGGAUUGGGCAUAUUUGAUUAAGGAUGUAGGUCAGGGGCUCGAAGGCGGUGUUCGUGAGUUCAGGAAAUCGCUUAUCAAAUACUCUAUUGAGAUGGGAUUUGAAUUUUUGUAUGUUAAGAAUGAGACAACGCGAGUUACAGCGGUGUGUCGUUUCAAAAAUGCUAGCCAAUCGGGGAAGACAAAUCCUGGGAGUAUCUUUCAUCUUGAUGUUGAGGUGGAGAAGCAGAUUUUCCGACGGUGUUUUUUUGCAUUUGCAGUGUGUUUAGAUGGAUUCAAGUUUUGUCGUCCUGUUGUCAUGCUGGACGACACGUUUUUGAAAGGUAGAUACAAGGGAGUGUUGCUCAGUGAAGUGGGCAAAGAUGUUAAUGAAGGUCUGUUCCCUAUUGCAUUUGCAAUUGUAAGUGAGGAGACUGAUUCGAAUUGGGCUUGGUUUCUGGGUCAUUUUAGGGAUGCUAUUGGGAAUGAUAGGACGCUCAAUUUCGUUUCGGAUCGGAACCAUGGUAUCAUUGAGGGUGUUAGGAACAUUUUUCCUGACUGUUUGCACACAUAUAGUUACAAACAUUUGCAGAACAAUUUGAAAUACAGGUUCAGGGGUGUUCCAGCCGGCUUUCGUGAGACGGUGUUGCAACAAUUUGCGGCCUAUGAUCUUCUAAAAGAGAAGUGGUCCAACGUUUACUGCGAGGGUCAUAGGUACGGACAGAUGACUUCUAAUGGAUGUGAGUCGUGGAAUCAUCAAAUAAAGAAGCAACGUUACUUGCCGAUAACUAGUCUGAUUGAUGGCAUAAGAUGGACGACUGUGUUGUGUGAAAAGACUGAGAAAAGAUUGAAGGAGGCUGUUGACAAGGGGCGUUCAUGGAUAUGCAAAAGAUCGUCUAUGCACGUGUUCGAAGUUUUUUCGUCGCCAAAUGCUGUUGUUGAUCUUGGAGAAAGGACCUGCUCUUGUAGGCUAUGGUACCAUAGAUCAACAUUUAAGGAGAGUUAUUCGAGCUUAAUCAUACCCUUUGUGAGACAAGUGUCAGAUCUUCAUGUUGUUGUAAUUGGACCUCCUGAAGUUAAACCAACACGUGGUCGCCCAAAGAGGAAAAAGAUUCCAUCUCAGGGUGAGUGUGUCCCCCGGAAAAUGACUUGUAGUCGUUGCAAAGCUCAAGGAAAUCAUAACAAGAACACUUGUAGGAAGUGA